AACACAGCUUCAUAGGUACUUCUACCUCAACAGGCGUCUCUUUCUCUCCACCAAAACAUUGUCACUUUUCUAUUCCUACAUCUUCAUAUUGGGCAUCUUCUCUUCUUCACGUCGCGCUCUGCCUAACAGAUGUAUCCCACACACAAGUCGACAUAGCAUUGACUUCUUCCCAAACCCCUGACCAAACGAACACGCCGUUUUCCCAUAGCUAUACGCGCCACGGGUGCUAUAGCAUCCUCGCCUAACAUCGUCUAAUUUCCAAGCUCUUCACCAAAUACAAAUACACGCCCACAGCGUGUGAGAAGGAGCUAUGGAGGUCGACGCCGCAAGCAGAUAUCGAUCCCGCAUUCUUAGAGAAAUGAAAGCAAACCGCGACAACCCUUUCAACUCACCACCCUCAUCAACUGGUUCACACGGCACCGUCAGCCCUACGCUAUCUUCAGUCUUCUCCGACCCAGACGGCGAGUCCACAAGAAGACUUAACGAGGAUAUUGCUCGCGUCACUGCGCCUCGCAACCUCCCCGUCAAUUGGGAGGCUGCCCAUCGCAAGUGGCCUGAGUUCUUUGGCAUGCCCAAGACCCGCGAGGUGCCUGUCUAUGACGAUAACACUGACACUCGGCCUAUGAGUGCUGAGUCCAAGGAGAACAAGCCUCCUGCCUCUGGAAUCAAGUUCGCCAUUGACGACAUCACACAAGACACCUGGCAAGGUUCCGCUAGAACGCGUGCUGAGAUGCAGCCUCGCGUCGAUAACGAGUCCGAUCUGUCUUCGAUCCUCUCCAAGUCUCCUAACCGAGCCCUUUCUUACCACUCUUGGAACAAGAACGCACACAACCCUAGCCCAUUGUCCAAGGUCCACAACCGAACCUCAUCCGAAUCAAUGGCCGCACAAAAACAACAACGGCGAGAGACCAUCUCCGAGGCAUUUGACCGCCUACGCAGCAGUGCAAAGAGCCCCGAGCUUCGAGAUCAAAAUCAGCAAAACAAGUCUUCACCACAAAUGUCUUCAGCCAAGUCCAGCUUGACCGCUGUUCCUCCUUCACCCGCCUCCAUUGCCAGCCCUGCACACAACGAAAGCAACGCUCGCUCUUUCUUCAUGCCUGACAUCUCACAUCUUGGUGACUUUGUCGAUGGCACUCUUCGAUUCAGUGGCUCAAUGCGGAAUGGUGUUCCCAUCUUCGUCAAGAAUGGCAGAGUUCAUGACCGUUAUGAGAAGCCAUCGCUUUCGGCCCAUGCCGAAGUUGAUGAAGUUGAGGUGCCAGAAGAUGAAGAGAAGAUCUUUGUUUCGAUGGAUAUGAUCCGCGAAGAAAUCAUCUCUCUCCAAGAGCACUACGAUAAGGUUCACGAGUAUGCCGAGAACCUGCAGCAACAGGUUGAGCAAUUGGAGGCUCAACUCAAGUCACGAAAGUCGUAUGACGAUGACUAUGAUUCUGCUGGGGCCAACGAGAAACUGAUGGCUCAAAAGAACCGUCUGGAAGUUGAGGUUUCCACUCUCCAAUCUCGCUUGGAGCAAGCCUCGCGCAAGAUCAGCUUGAAUGAGAUUGAAAACGACUCUUUGGCUCAAGAACGGGACCGCGCAGUGAGGAAGCUACAGGAGGCUUGUGAGGAUAUCAACAAGCUCACUCGCAAGCUGAGCACGAAACAGAAGGAAUUGGAAACAACACACAAGCAGCUCGAGUCGACGGAGCAAAUUCGUAACGAGAACGACACCCUCCGACGAGAUCUCAUGUCUCUGAAACACGGCCGUGAUUCGUUGAACCUCGAGAACAAGUCCCUCUCUGCUGCCAAUGAUACUCUACGAAAGGAGCAUGAGACUAUGAAGGAGGAAAUUGAGUCCCUGCGAUCCGACAACAACACAGUCAGACGUGAAAACCAGUCCUUGAUUGGCGAGAACCGUUCACUACGAACCACAAACAAGACUCUCACGGAUGAGAACGAGGAGCUCCGCGAAAACCUUGACGGACUUCAACAUGAGCUUGACGCAGCGAGGGAAGAGGUUGAAGCGCUUCAACAAGAACUCCAGAAUGUGUCUCAGGAGAAGUCUACGCUUGGCGAGGAUAACGCAAGCCUGGUGCGACACAACGAAAAGUACUUUGAGGAGAACAAGGUUCUUCGACGCGAGAAUUCGGGCUUUGAGCGAAGCAUUCAUGAUCUUCACGACGAGAAUGUGAAACUCAAGGAUGAGGUUGACUUCCUCAAGCAGCAGUUGGAGUCUUUCCGCCCAGUGCCCAAGGAGGACUUUUCUGCCCGUCUCGAUGAUGAGACAGAGGAGAACAUGACAUCGGCCUUCUUCAUUCCUGAUAUCACCAUCAACAGCAACACUGGCGACGUUGAUACUGCCGAGAACGCCCAAGCUACUGAGACCAAGGAGAUUACCGAGCCAAUCGAGGAUAGCGGCAGAUUGCCAACAAUUCCUGAUCUCACCGAAGAGGAGACUCGUACACGUACUAAGCGUGACAUCACGUCCCAAAGCGAGACCAGGCAUUCUCAGAGCAAGAGCAAGACUUCCAAGUCUGGCAAUCAACAAAAGGUUGCUUUCUCGAUCCCUGGUAAGUCUUCUAAGAAGAGCAGCUCCAAUGUCGCAAACCAGGGCAGCAAACGCCGAACCACUUCCGAUUCCAAGAGACGUAGCUCUAUGAAGGGCAUUGCAACAUAUGAUAUGGACACGCUGGAGGAUAACGAUGAGACUACUGGUCUUCAAUCAGUUGAGAAUGCCACACAGGACAAUUCGACCCAGCUGAGCGUCGUGCCUAAGGCCCGUAAGGAGGCCAAGAGUACUGGGCAGAAGGAGUCGAAUACUCAGAAUACUACGGUGCAGAGUCAGAGGUCGCAGCACACUCGAUCCCACUCCCGAUCGUUACGCAAGCAGAUUACAACCGACAUCACCUCUGCUAGCAUCAAGAGCGUUGACAAGGAUACGUGCCCUGUCCUCUCCAGUGAUGCCAAGAGAGUGCUUGAUGACCUGUGCGAGCAUGAAUGCCGUAACUGCACUGUCUGCAGCCGAAUCACAUCUCACCGUAACAUCUUCACUUCCGCCGAUAUCGCCGCCGGCAAGAAGCGUGUUACUGUGCCACGACCAGUCCCUGUCACCGAUCGUGACUUGUCAGUAGAGGACCCUACCAUGCGGCCUACUCAGCACCCUGGCCAUGCUCUUGCUGUGGUUAUCAAGGGCUUGGAGGAUGAAUCUCAUCACCUCCAGCUUGAGCUCACCCGCAUUCAGGCGCAGUACAAUGGCCGCGAUAAAGCCUUGGGUCGCCGUGAGCGUCUCAACCUUGCUGAGACCAUUCGUACAACUCUCAAGCGACUUGAGGCAAAGAACGACCAGAUCUACAGCCUCUAUGAUGUUCUUGAGGGUCAGAAGGCCGCCGGCCAGGCUAUGUCAGAGGAGGAGAUUGAGAUGACUGUUCUAAACAUCACAGGCAUGACUGUCCGUGAUGUAACUAGUAACAGUGAACUUACCUGGGAGGGUGUUCCUGAGUUAUAAACAAUUGUUGGCAUGAUGUGAAGCGUUUUGGGGGUUGCAGAAUUUGAGAUCAAUCAUGGAAAAAGGCGUUUUUGGCCACGCAAAGGACUUUGUGAUCAGAGGUAUCGACCAUCGCGGGUUAGAUGGCAGUACUCGGGGAGUUUGGAAUUAUUAGGGCCUUUCGAUCAGUGUAUUGCGGUUUUUUGUACAAACAUGUAUGACUCGCUAGUCUUUGGCAAGAAUGACUAUGAAAGCAUCUUUGAGUUGAAUCACUUAUAUCCCAUUGCGCACUUGUUUGAUCAAUCUUUUCACAGCCACAGUGAAGUUGAACAGAAAAGGUAUCCUCGAUUCAGGUCUUUAACAAGUAAGAAAUUACAUCCGUUUUUUGCACACCAUCCCAGAAAAAAACAAGUACUUAUAUCUACUCUUCAUCAUCCUCUUCGUCGUCGCUAUCAGCAGCGCCGUUCUCACCGUCCAUCUCCUCGUCUUCAUCCUCAUCCUCAUCCUCGUCGACUUCACUGUCAUCCUCCACUUGAUCUUCCAGAUCAGCCUUCUCAUCCUGUCGUCUCUUACGGUCGUCCUCUCUCCUGGCCUCUUCGAGCAACUUGGCACGCUCAGCACGAGCCUUUCGCUGUCCCACGACAUAAGCACCAAGAGGUGUCUUGGCGAGGUCAAAGUCACGCAAGAAAGCCUCAACCUGAGUGCGGUCCCUGGGGGCGAAGUCAACCUUUGCGCGCUUCUCCUCGAUGAACUUGCCGUUGGCCUCAAGCUUCUGCACCAGGAGAAUAACUUGGGUAGCGAGCUUGACGUUCUUGUUGCCCGUGCUCUUGUUACGGGCUUGCUUGAGCCAGCGCUUCAGUUGGAUGAUGACAGGGAGAGCGAGCUCGGGGAAGGCGAUGCUUGUGGCCCACAGGAAGAAGUACUCGCCAAGAAGCUCAACGAGUUGCUCGCCGACACCGUCUUGGAAGACACGGGUUCGGAGGUAUGACUUGGGAGCCUUGUAAGAUGUGGCAAAGUCGAAGGGCUUGAGGGAUGCGGCUUUGGGGGCCUUCUUCAUCUCAGCUGAAGUAAGGACCUCGAGAAGGGGAGAGGCGAGAGGGAUGUAAGUUCCGGUGGCGCGGGAGAGUCGGAGCAGGGAGCGGAUUAGGUGGAAGCGGAAGGGGAAGUAGAUGGCGGUGGGGAUGAGACGCAUGGCUCCGAGCGUAACUUGAACAAGGGGAUAGAUUAGGAGCUUGAGCUGACUCUCCUUUCCAGCCUCGGCCUCCUUCAGGGGACUGCAGUGCUCAGCGAGAACGCAGGACCAGAAGUCGAGCGAGUGUGUGUAUUGCCAGUUGUAGACGAUUCGGAACGCAUCAUUCUUGUUGUGUACGAUACUGUUUCGUAGGUGGAUAGCGAGUUGUCGGAUGAAAGAGAAAGCAGUUGUGUAGCCAACCGACUGAUCAAUGCCCCAAAGCUCAGCAGCAGAGUUCUUCAUGAGGUUAAUGCCCUGAAGGGUGUUGGCAUUUGUGACACGGCAGCCCUGGAUGAGGCCUUGGUAAACAGCCUUGAGGACCGUCUCGCGAAUACCCUUGUCACCGAUAACGACGAGACGUCGCAGGACGAGGAAUGCUGUGAGCUUUGUCGUCUCAGAACUGGCAGGCUGAGCCCAGAAGUUCACGACGGAUUUGGCGAGGGCCUUGACGAGCUUCUUGAAGGAGAGGAGGUAAGGGAGAAUAGGGGUGAUGGAGGAGAGUGUGAGCUUGAGGGUCUUGUCGUCGGAGAGAGUGCUCAACAGGUGCAUAAUAGACGAGGUGUAUGUCUUGAGCAGCAGAGACAAUGUGUGGAACUUUCUUGACUCGGUCUGAACGUGGACUUUGCCAGAGGCUGACUCCUUGACGGGGAGAUGGUGGUUCAUAACCGUGGGAAUCUCCUUGAGGGCGAGGAGAAGAAUGUCGUUGAAGACCUCGGGACUGUUGAUAGCAUAUCGCUGCUGAGACUCCCCUUCAUCAUCCUCGUUCAAGUGCGCAGCGCAUCGGAAAGCCAGAACAACCUGUCGGGCCGCCCGUAAAGAGUUCUUCUCAGCCAUAGCCUUCCUCCACGAAGCAACAAGCUCACGGGUCAACUCGUUCCCUUGCGCGACGGCCUCAGCCUUGGCCUCCUUCUCCUUCUUCCGCUUCUUCUUGGGCUGCUCCUCUUCUUGUUCUGACUCGUCGUCGCCACUAAGCGCAUCUACCUCUGCGAGGUCGGCGUUGUCAUCAAAGUCGAGAGCCUCGGGGUCGUUCUCCUUGAGGAACUUGUAGAAUUCGGGAUCAUUCUCGGCGAGCUUCUCCAUGGUCUCCUUGCUCAUGCCAACAUCGUCCUCGGCGUCGUCGCCAUCAUUGUCGUCGCUGUCGGCCGCGAUGGGCUGCGCACCAAUUGAGUCGUCAGAGUCGCUGGUUUCGUUAUCCUCGGCGGCGGCACCGUUCCUCUUUCGCUUUCCAAGCUUGCCGGCCUUCUUAUCCUUGCUGUCGAUAAUAUCGUCGAAACCGCCCGAGAAGAACUCAUCGACACUCAUAUCGUUGACCUUCUUGCCCUUGGCGCUGGGCUUCUUGACCUCUCCGUCCUCUCCAUCCUUGGAGCCCUUGUGAAACUCUGCAUCUUUUGACUUUCUAGCCUUCUUCUUAUCCUGCAUCUGAUGGCGCUGCUUGAUUUUGGCGCCUGCUUUCCGCUUGUCGAGAACACCUGUGAGAUGUCUCUUCUCGAACUUCUUGGUCGCCUUGAGAUUCUUCUUGCCUGGCGCCAUUUUGGAAAACUGUGAAGCGCCUCGGCUGGUGAAGAAUUCAACUUUUAGGGAUUGGGUAGUUUUUGUUUGCAAGUUUUAGAUGGGUCUCG